GCGUAUCAUCGAUUUUCACAAGCAAGCGGACCGAGUGUAAUGGUAUUUUCCACUUGCAACGGUACAAAUAAAGUGGGCCGUUAAGAAAAAUCGGUGCCGACAACGCAAAAGAUACACAAAAGUUGCGUAUACGCAACGUUAAUCAACAUAUAGCUGCUGGGUGCCGUUAUAAAGGUGUAGAAACGAAGCUGGGACUUUGGUGUCACAAACGCUCGCUUUGCAGUGUGCACAUUUAGAGGGGAGGAGGCGUUGAAGGUGAGACGCGCAAACGAAUUCGCCGCCGCAGUGAACUAGCAGAGCGAAAGCUGAAUCGAAGCAGCAAGCACCUACAACAAACGCACAAUUCGCCGCAUUCGCCGUAAACGCUUGCUGCUCAGUGUCUCAGCAGCGAAGCAGUCAUAGUCAGCCACAGUGGCGCAACGAAUUUUCCUUUAGUAUCCUUACGGACGUGAAAAACUGAGUAGUCAACGCGAGAAGAGGCAACAAACGAGCGUGCGGAAGCAAAGCAAAGUAGCUGAAGCCAAAGUAUAUAGAGUGUUGUAGCAAAAAUUUAUGCAAAAACGCGCAGCUUGUCUGAAAACUAAGUGCAUGUGUGUGGAAAAAAUUUCGAAAUUCCCAAAAGUGGUAGAAAAAGUAGUUGCAAAAGUAGUUUAACGGGCCACCGAGCUUGCGAAAUAAGUUGCUGCCGAGUAAGCGACGAAAAAAACUUAGAAGUCAAAGUCGCAUUCGACCACAAAGCGUGAAAAAAUAAGUAUACCAGCGCAGCUGUAUGUGUGCGUGCGUGUGCGUGUUUGUAGCAGCUGCCAGUGACGAGCAACUAAACCAUUAAAACGCUACUAAACAGUUGAUUAUAUGUGUAUGUGUGUCGGUGCUUGCUUGUGUGAGUACGUGAGUUUCUUGGAAUCGCAACAAAUUGAAUUCAAUUGAGAACACUAAUCGCGCAACGUCAGCUGCCACUUCACAAACGCAGCAAAAACAACAACAACAACAACAAAAAUCCACAACAAAGACCCACAACCAACACGGGCACAAGCAGCAGCGCCAGCUAGCAAUUAGGCCAGCCCGAAAGCGCAGUAAUAAAACCAAAAGGUAACGCAAAUGGCUGGCGGUGGGGACCCCAAGUGGCAGAAGGAUGCGGCCGAUCAAAAUUUCGACUAUAUGUUCAAAUUGCUUAUAAUCGGCAACUCAAGUGUGGGCAAGACAAGUUUCCUCUUUCGCUAUGCCGAUGACAGUUUCACCUCAGCUUUUGUGUCGACGGUCGGCAUCGAUUUCAAAGUGAAAACCGUGUUUCGACACGACAAACGCGUCAAGCUGCAGAUCUGGGAUACAGCGGGUCAAGAACGCUACAGAACAAUAACCACAGCAUAUUAUCGUGGCGCCAUGGGUUUCAUUCUGAUGUAUGAUGUCACAAAUGAGGAGAGUUUCAAUUCCGUACAAGAUUGGGUGACUCAAAUUAAGACAUAUUCCUGGGACAACGCACAAGUGAUACUUGUCGGCAACAAAUGCGACAUGGAAGAUCAGCGAGUGAUCUCAUUCGAACGAGGCCGACAGCUGGCCGAUCAGCUGGGUGUGGAGUUCUUCGAAACCUCAGCCAAAGAAAAUGUGAAUGUUAAGGCUGUCUUCGAACGACUGGUCGAUAUAAUUUGCGACAAAAUGUCGGAGAGUUUAGAUUCGGAUCCGACGUUAGUGGGCGCCGGACAAAAGGGACAACGACUGACAGAUCAACCUCAAGGCACGCCCAAUGCGAAUUGUAAUUGUUAAACAUGCAUACACAAACACACACUUAAACACAUACAUAGGCACAUAUAUACAUAAAUAGACACAUGUAGACACAAAUAUACUUAAAUGAAUAAAUAAAUGUAAAACUAUAUGAACUAAGUGAGGCAGUAAUACAUAUACAUAUACAUACUAUAUAUAAAAGGAGUAAUUCUGUUGACUUAUGUUGUACGGUUUUUGUUGUCUCAGUUUUUGAUGUUUUUGCAGAAGACACAGAAGAAUAGAUGUAAUUAAAGCGUGUUGCAUGUAAAUGUGCUGAGGCAGAAAGUAAAUUACGAAAUUAUUAUAAACAAGCCGUUAAUGCUGUUGAAAAUAUAAUAAAUUGUGUAGAAAAAAUUGCGAAAAAGAGCGCAACUAACAAUGAAAACCAAGAAGGUUGCCAGACAAACAAUAUUUACAAGUCUACAAACGAAACUUUAUGAAGGUAAUAACUAAUUUGAAGAAGCUAUAAAUAACUAACUAAAUAAAAAUGGAAUAAUUAAAACAAAUUAAAUUAAAAAAACUUUAUAAAAUUAAUGUAAU